AUGUGCAGCGCGACAACGUCAACAGGACCCUGCUCGGCCCUUCCUCAAGGCUUAAUCCAUCUUCAGCUAAACGCAUAUGACGCUUACCACGAAACUCCGGGCGAUUUCGACCGACAUGCUGGACUCAGUUUGCCAGAGCGUAAAUUUGAAGCUGUGCCCGUAAUACGGGCCUACGGCUCACUACCAAGUGGCCAUAAUGUGCUGUGCCACAUUCACGGCGUUUUCCCGUACAUUUUUGUGCCUUACGAUGGUCGGGACCACGAUUCACUGGGUGUAAUGCAAUCGCGUUGCGCAAGUCUGCAUCUCAAACUAGAACGGACGCUGAAAGAAGCUUAUUCUCGGAAAAAGGACGAUGAAGACGAUACAAAGGGCACCGAAAAUACAGGCACCAGCAAAAACGAUGCAGAUUCUCUAAAGUUUAUAGCCGAUGUUUCCCCGGUCAAGGGCGUCGACUUCUACGGAUAUCAUUAUGGGUACUCCGCAUUUUACAAAAUAUCGCUGCUCACUCAGUCCGCUACAAACAAAAUUUCCGACCUUUUGAGGGAUGGCAAAGCCACUGGGCGCAAGUGCAAAGUCUUUGAAGCUCACAUCCCGUAUUUGUUGCAGUUUUCUACGGACUACAAUUUGUUCGGAUGUUCGUGGCUCCGACUGCACCAAUGCUAUUUUCGAACCCCAGUUCUCAAUCCAGAUUUUGCCCAAGACUCACUUUUGAUGAACAAAGACCUGGAGGAUUUCCUUGCGCGGUUCUACCAAGGGCCCACCAAUGAGUCCGGGGAAAAGCUUUCCAGAGUUGGAAAUAGUCUUAUAGAAAUUGACGUGGUUCCUCAAUUUAUACAAAAUCGUGAAGAUAUCACGUACAGAGACCUCCACAACUCGCUUUUCGAAAAGUCUCAAGACCAGAGCGAAGAAACGCUUUUCAUCCCAUCGACAAAGGAGUUGUGGACUCAAACGUCAGAUUUGCGAAAAGAAUUUGGUCUAGAGACUUUUGAAUUCGCUGUAGAGGGCAAAAGACCUGACAAGCUUCCUCAAUGGCAGAGCCACGAGGAAAAUAUGCUCUUUUUCCAGAAAGCCAAAGAGCGAAUGUCCUUUCGCAAUGGAUCAAAGCAAAACUAUUCGAAAAACAAAUACGCGGACCAGCUGGAGCUCCCACAGACCGCUCUCACAUUUUUGUGGCCAACACUGAAUUCGACAGAGUCCCCGAACUCAAAUGUGUCUUCUGCAAUAGUAUCAAACAGUUUUAAUUUCCCUUCGUCGCCAAUCUCCUCACAAACUAGUGGCGAGGCAUCUGAAGUGGAAUCAGAUGCUAACUCAGUUGGUGGAGAUUUUAUUCUUCCGGAAGCAGUAGGUAGCAAGGCAGCUUCGACAGCUGAGGAAUUACACUCAGAUAACUUAAACGACAUUUCACCAUCUUUCAAUGAUCACAUUCUGACCCAAAGAAUGGUGCAAAAAAGAGGAAGUAAGGGCGUCGCGCUCAGUCUAAAGAGGCCUUUGAAAAUAAGUAAGAGAAUAAACUACGAUCGUUCAAUUCCACUGACAGCUGAAUCGUUCAAAUACAAGGAUUUUCAUCUCGAUUUUACAAAUAUUCUCACAACGAUAGAAAACUCGGGGUUCCCCAAGAUAGAUUAUAUGGAUCCAUACUUCAAUGACCCGGAGGAUCUUAAGAAAAAAGAGCACAUUUACUCCGGACAAAAAUACAAAAUACAAUCGACGCACUUGACAUGUCGCCGUCCAACUGAUUUCGCUGGCGAAACAAUACGCUUGGAAUCUGAGUACAGCUCAGAGCCGUGCGAAUCCUCGUGGAAAUACUUGGUUGAGCCCCCCACGUAUUCUUCAGUCCAGGCAUAUUCAGAUUCUCGAAAACGCAAAUUCCGCUCUCAGAUUGAUUUUAAAACACUGAGCAACGAGUUUGGCUACAAGUUCAGGAGUAACAAUUCGUUGAAAGGAAUGAGCACCGGCGGUCAUAACCAGCUCUCGCAUCUUACUCUUGAGAUAUUUUCCACGAGUAAAAAUAUGUUACUUCCGGAUCCUGCCACUGACGCAAUUCAGCUCAUUUUUUGGGAAAUAGAGCCGGGGUCUUUACCAAUUGAUUUUGGCAUUUCUAAUGAGGGCAUCAUGGCUUUUUCUGCAGACGAUGGUGGCGCGUUUGCAUCUAGAUUAGAGAGUGCUGCAAAUCCGACACCCGUGGCAAUUUAUAAAUCUGAGGAAGAGAUGAUAAGUGGAUUGGUCGAUUUGAUACUUUUGAUUGACCCUGAUAUUCUCUCCGCAUUUGAAGUCCACUCUAGCGCAUGGGGUUAUAUAAUAGAGAGAUGUGACUUGGAAUACGGUCGUGAUUUUUGCGAAGAAAUAUCAAGAGUCAAGUAUAAACCCUUCAACAAGAGGAAAGACGUCUGGGGGUUCUCCCACGACUCAGGAAUUCACAUCGCUGGCAGACAUGUUCUAAAUUUGUGGCGUUUAUUGAGGUCUGGGUUGAAUCUUUUGAAAUACACUUUGGAGAAUAUCGCCUUCCAUGUGUUACAUGAAAGGCUCGCUCAUUUUCCUGCAUUUCAACUGACCAAACUGUGGGAUGCAAACGCUGAUAUUACUGCUUUAACGACACUGCUUUCGUAUUGGAAGAAGAGAACAGAGAUAAAUAUAAGACUCCUUCAGAGUCAGCAGACUAUUAACCAGACCGUGGAACAAGCACGAUUGAUUGGAAUUGAUUUCUACUCAGUAAUAUCUAGAGGUUCUCAAUACAAAGUCGAGUCCGUUUUGGUACGUUUGUGUAAGUCUGAAGGCUUCCUCGUGCUGUCACCAAGUAAGAUACAGGUUCGAAAACAAAAGGCCCUUGAAUGCAUACCGCUGGUAAUGGAGCCGGAAUCGGCAUUUUAUAAGAGUCCCUUGGUAGUACUGGACUUUCAAUCAUUGUAUCCAUCUAUUAUGAUAGGUUAUAAUUAUUGUUACUCCACAAUUCUUGGCAGAGUACAAGAGCUGAAGGUUAAAGGUACGGAAGUUGGUGCCACCAAGAUUAAUAUCUCCAAAGGCUUUCUGAAAGAUCUUGAAGAUGAUAUUACCAUUUCUCCAAAUGGUGUUCUCUAUGUCAAGGAACAUGUCCGGAAAUCCAUGUUAGCCAAAAUGUUGGCAGAUAUUCUUCAUACCCGUUUCCUUGUCAAGAAAACCAUGAGCGACUUAAAGUCAAGGAACGAGACAAUUUCAAAGCUGCUUAACAACAAGCAAAUCGCCUUAAAGUUGCUUGCAAAUGUCACUUAUGGUUACACUUCUGCUUCAUUUUCAGGAAGAAUGCCUUGCUCAGACGUCGCAGAUAGCAUUGUGCAAACCGGGAGGGAAACGUUACAGAAAGCCAUUUCUUUGAUAGAGGACAAUGCCGAAUGGGGCGCAAAAGUUGUGUAUGGCGACACAGAUAGUCUUUUCGUCUAUCUGCCAGGAAAGUCUAGAGAGGAAGCCUUUAGAUAUGGCAAAGAAAUGGCAAUCGAGGUCACUGCGUGCAACCCGUUCCCAGUCACGCUCAAGUUUGAAAAAGUGUACCACCCGUGUGUGUUGGUCAGUAAGAAGAGAUACGUGGGUUACUCGUUUGAAAAAGACGACCAAAAAGAACCCAAGUUUGACGCCAAGGGGAUCGAAACUGUAAGAAGAGACGGACAUCCUGCGCAACAGAAAAUUGUGGAAAAAUCGUUGCGUAUUCUGUUCGAGACUCAAAAUAUUUCAGCUGUCAAAGCCUACGUCCAGGACCAGUUUCAAAAAAUUACGAGGGGCCAGGUUUCUGUCCAGGAUUUCUGUUUCGCACGCGAGGUAAAACUAGGCUCUUACAAGAGCGACAAAACGGCGCCACCUGGUGCAGUGGUGGCCACCAAAAAGAUAGCUAUGGACCACCGGGCGGAGCCCCAGUACCGAGAGCGCGUUUCGUAUGUGGUAAUUAAAGGCAGGCCUGGCCAGAUCUUGCGAGAGCGAUGCAUUCCUCCUGAAGUGUUUUUGUCCAACGAGAGCUUCGAGCUGGACUCGACUUAUUACAUUACCAAGACGCUUAUUCCACCAUUGCAACGAUUUUUCAAUCUUAUGGGUGUCGAUGUCACACGAUGGUACGUCGAAAUGCCCCGGUUCCAGGAUAUGACUUACAAUCAAGCAAAGGAAGGAAAACUGCCCGAAUUCAUGCGCUCCACUCUAUGCUUCAACUGCAAAAAAGAGAUCAAAAAGCGAACCAAUAAUAUUUUAUGUGCCGAGUGUAUGCUCCAGAAAUCUGCCACAGUUACUUCGCUUUUGCAAGAAGACAGGGCAGUUAAAAGGCAAUUGGGAUCCAUUUUAACCGUUUGCAGAAGCUGCUGUGCGCCUUUGACCAAAAACCUGCAAGACGACAUGUCGAAAAUUGUCACCAAAUGCGACUCACAGGACUGUCCCGUUUACUAUUCGCGGAUCAAAUACAAAGGAUACUCCAAUACAGCUAGAGCACAACAGCUACUCAGGCUACUGUCAGAACUGGAUUCAUGGUGA